AUGCUGUCGUCAUAUAAGAAGAUUAGUGCAUUCCCCGGUGGGAAUUCAUUCGUCCAUUAUAAUACUACCAUCGACCGAUUAAUUAUCGCCAAUAGUGAAGGAGUCCUCAAAUGUUUCAACAUUCAAGAUGAUCAACAACCAACCGCAAUCGAUAUUGGAGAAAAUAUAACGUCAGUAUGUUCAGAUGGCAAAUCUUUGAUUGUAACAAAUACUGAAGGACAACUUGAAUUGAUCAAUUUGGAUACCAUGGAAUCUGAUGGGAAUUUGUUUAGGUUUGAAUUACCAUUACGUGAUGCUGUAUUUAUCAAUCUGGGAAAUCGGAUUGUUUGUGGUGGGGAUGAGAAUAAAUUAGUGGUGAUUGAUAGAGGGAAUGGUAAUGAGAAUAAGGUUACUAAGGUUCCAUUACCUGAUUCGGUUCUGGGAUUGUCAUAUAAUAUUAAUGCUGAGAUUGUGGUUGUAAGUUUAUCUAAUGGGAAUUGUCAGGUUUAUUCUGUGGUUAAUGAGGAACUUAAUUUGUUGCAUACUUUGAAGGAUUGUAUUGGUAUGAAAGUUGCUGAAUCUAUGGAUAAAGUAGAUUAUAAUGACGAGCAUCAUGAGGAAUUAUUUUCAACAAAGACUGAAUGGACUAAAGAUGGGAAAUAUUUAUUGGUACCUGAUUUGAAUCAAAUUAAAUUAUAUGAUAGAGAUAGCAAUGAUUGGCAAAUAUCCAAAAAGAUUGAAGUUGGAUCCAAGAUUAUUGAUUUUAAUUUAUCUCAAGAUAAUUCUCAUUUAGCGGUUUUAUUAUUAGAUAAAUUCAUUAUCUAUGAUUUUAAAUCAAACAAAUUAAUUGAAGAAACAUCAUUUGAUUUUGAUGGAUUUUAUCCAUUGAAUUUAACUUGGAAUAAGAAUCAUUUAUUCGUAGGUACAACCCAUGGGCAAAGUUUGAUCUAUAAAGAUAUUGUCAAGAAACAACCACAGCCCAAUAUCGAUAAUUUAUUCUUACAAGUUGAACUGGAUCUCGAAGAAGAUGAUUUAGGAGAUCCUUUAUUAGCCAAACAAGACGAACUCGAAGCCGAUGAAGAUAUCUUUUCCAAGAAAAGAAAGUCAAACGGGGAUGGAUAUAAUUUACAUCAAGAAGAUUCAUUAAUUCUCGACCAAGAUGAUGACGAUGAAGAUCUAUUCGGAGAAGAACCAAUCCCAGAAAGGCAUUCCCACAAGAGAUUCAAAUCAAACGGAACUCACUCCAAUGGAAUUCAUACAUCUGCUGCUAUUCCCAAAGAAUUCCCAAUCAAACCGUAUUCACCCGGCUCAACCCCAUUUGAAAACUCAGGCUCAGUCGAUCGUCGUUAUUUAACUAUGAAUAAUACCGGAUAUGCCUGGUGUGUGAAGCAACAACACCAACAACAAAACAUCAGUGUUUCGUUCUUUGACAGAUCCCAACAUCGUGACUAUAAUUUCGUGGAUAAUGUCGGCUAUGAUCUCGCAUCGAUUAAUAAUGAUGGGAUAUUGUUAUGUCGAUCAGGAUAUGACGAGAAAUCAAAACGAUCAACCACGCUUUAUUAUCGUGAUCAUGAGUCUGAAUUGGAGGCAUGGGAGAAGAAGAUCCCAUUAUUGAAGGAUGAAUAUAUUGUCAGUGUAUGUAUUUCCCAACAAGAUCAAGAUAAGAGUGUGAUCACAGUAGGAAGUAAUUUUGGAUAUGUGAGGUUUUUCAAUCUGGCGGGGUUAUGUAUUAAUUUAAUCAAAACUAAUCCGGUUGUUUGUUUGGUUAGUUCUACCCAAGGGAAUUUAUUUAUGAUUAAUCAAGUUAUGACAAAUGUUUUCACAUAUUCGCUCCUAUCUUUGGGACAAGAUUAUCGAUUCUAUCAACAGAAUGUCGAUUUACCCUUAAGACAUCUGGCUGCGGCUGGUACACCUUUGAUUAAGGGGAUUUUCUUUAAUGAGUAUGAUGAUCCAUGCAUUGUAGGAGGACAUGAUGAUACAUUGUUGAUAUUAUCACAAUGGAGGGUUGAGAACAAUUCGAAAUGGAUCCCGGUUUUGAAUUGUUCUCAAGCGGUAUCUAAUAAUGGUGAUGAGAGUAGGAAACAUUGGAAAUGUUGGCCGUUGGGAUUAUAUGAUAAUAGAUUAAAUUGUUUGAUUUUGAAGAAUAGUCAAUCGCAAUAUCCAAAAUUCCCAUUGCCUUUACCUAUUGAAUUAGAUAUUGAAUUACCGGUGAUUGUUAAAGAGGAAAAGAAACCGAAAAAGAAAUCAGAUGUGUUGGAUGAUCUUGACGAUGAUGAUGAAGACAAAGAAGAUGAGGAUUCGGAUCAGAUAAAACAAGAUAACAACGAUGCUGAAGAGAAUUUUGUCCGUUCUUUGACAUUGGGUAGUUUAUUGACUGCAACAUUGGGAGAUGAGCUUAUUAAUGAAGAAGAUAAAUCUACCAUUUUGGAAAAAGUUCAUGAAUUAGGCAUGAUGUAUGAUAAAUCAUUAUUAAAAUUAUAUGCUGAUGCAUGUAAGGAAGCACAAAUUACCAAAGCAUGGAAAGUAGCCAAGAUGAUUAAGAAAGAUAAAGCACUUCAUGCAGCAUUUAGGAUUGCGGAAAGAAUGGAAUAUUUGCAAUUAGCUCAAAGGAUUCAAAACAGACGAGAACAGUUGAUGGAAUUAGAUGCGGACGAGGAUGAUGAGGAUGAUGAUCUUUGA